CUUCCAAAGGAUUGAAUUCACUCUAAAGCAGAGAAAGGGGCAGUUAUCCUCCAGGUGCUGGUUAAAAAAAAAUCUGAUAGGAUGGAAGUUCUAAGUGGAUGUCAAAAACUAACAAGUCGAGCAGAUGAUAUAUGACGAUCAGCAGAAAUAACUUUGGCGACUUUGACAAACUGCAUCGUUAUAUUGACUGACUCCGUCUCGCUAUUUACGGUUCUCCUCAGUUUAUCUCGUUUAAUUUCAUCUGCGGGUUCUGCCCGUGAUAAACCACAUCUUCAUGAAGUACAUCUGAUAUAAACUUGUGGAAAUACAUCGCAAAGAUUAUUCGUUUAUCUGACGUGCGAGAUUGAAAAAGCUUCAGCACCAUCCGAUGAAAGAUGAAGCUCGGUGGAUUUAUGCUUCUUCUCAUCAAUUCAGCGGCCUCCAUCAAUCUCAAAUACAUCUCCAAAAGGAACUCAGUUGACGGAUGCAUAGACUGGUCAGUGGACUUGAAGACGUAUCGUGUGUUGGCCGGAGAGCCUCUGAGGGUGAAAUGCGCUCUGUUCUACAGCUACAUACGCACCAACUAUAGCGUGGCCCAGAAUGCCAAGCUGCGGCUCAUCUGGUACAGGAACAAGGGUGAUUCUGAGGAGCCAAUCAUCUUCUCGGGUCAUCGGCUGAGCAAGGAGGGAGAUUCCAUUUGGUUCCGCUCAGCAGAGAUGGAGGACAAUGGAUUUUACACUUGUGUGCUCAGAAACUCAACGUACUGUAUGAAGGUGUCCAUGUCACUGACGGUUGAGGAGAGUGAAGAGGGACUCUGCUUUAGCAGUCGAAUACGUUACCAGGAGAGGGCCGAGAUCACCAAGAGCAAAAUGAUUACCUGCCCUGACAUUGAUGACUAUCUCGCCCCCUACAAGCAGCCUAUCAUGACCUGGAACAAGGAAUGUCAGAGGCAAGACUGGAGGAGCUCCAUAAUCAUCAACACCACCAGUCUGUGGAUCCCCGAGGUGCAGGAAGAUGAUGGAGGAAAUUACACAUGUGAACUUAAAUAUGGCAGCAGAGUUGUGAGACGGACCACAGAGCUCAAAGUCACAGCACUUCUUACAACCAGACCACCAAAAGUCUUGUUCCCAUCAGAGAGACAGGCGACUACUGUAGACGUCCAACUAGGCAUGCGUCUCAUCUUGGACUGCAAGGCUUUUUUCGGCUACAGCGGUGAUUCUAAGCCCAUCAUCUACUGGAUGAAGGGGGAUAAGUUUGUAGAGGAGUUGGAAGGACACAUAAGAGAGAGUGAAUUCAGGGUGGUGCGAGAGUUUCUGGGGGAGAAGGAGGUGGAGCUGUCUCUGAUCUUUGAUGCUGUGGAUGAGAUGGACAUGGGCAACUACACCUGUAAUGUGGAGAACCACAUCGGCCGUGGCAGUGGAAGUGCUAUCCUGCAGAAGAAAGACAUGUACAGGCUGGAGUUGGUUGGUGGUCUAGGCGCCAUCAUGCUGUUAUUGGGGAUCUUCACUGCCAUCUAUAAGUGCUAUAAUGUGGAGAUCAUGCUGUGCUACCGGCGACACUUCGGCAGCGAUGAGGCAGAUGAUGACAACAAGGAAUAUGACGCCUACCUCUCUUACACCAAAGUGGACUUGGAGUCAGUGGAGCGAGAGAUGAGUGAGGAGGAGCUGUUUGCUCUGGAGAUCUUACCCGACGUUCUGGAGAAACACUACGGAUAUAAACUCUUCAUUCCACACCGGGACCUCAUACCCAGCAGCACAUACAUUGAUGAUCUGGCCCGGAGCGUGGAGCAGAGCAGGCGUCUUAUUAUCAUCCUGACCCCCGAGUUUGUGGCCCGUCGUGGUUGGAGCAUCUUCCAGUUCGAGCCACGGCUGCACAGCAUGCUGGUGACGGGCGAGAUCAAGGUGAUAAUGAUCGAAUGCUCGGACCUGCGUAGCGUCAUCAACUACCAGGAAGUAGAAGACCUCAAACACACCAUCCGAGUGCUGACGCUCAUUAAGUGGAACGGUCCCAAAAGCAACCAGCUGAAAUCCAAGUUCUGGAAGCAGGUCCGGUACGAAAUGCCAGCUAAGAAAAAAGAGACCGUGUCCCGCCGACAAGUCAUAGACUCGGGCGAGCAAGGGCUCUUUGGCGACCUGCAGGCCGUAUCUACAGUUGCUAUGACCGGGACCUCGGCGUCACUAGUGCCGGCUCAUGUUGAAAUACCAGACUAUAAUGAGCCUGGCCACCUGCAAAUGCGCCAUUUCUGCCGCAACUAUGAAUACGAGCUGCCCACCACUGCUAUAGCCACGCUCAGCGGCCGUCACAUGUACUGCAGUUUGCCCAUGACGCUGCUGAACGGACGUCUCACACAAAAUAACAUUGAGAAAGCCAAGAAAGAUAUUCACUUGAACAGCCCAUUCGCACAGCUGUCUGGACAAGAACUUUCCAGUGAUAUCUGGUAGAGCACCUCGCAGCAAUCGCCAAACAUAGCUUUGUCUAUAUCAUCUUUUCUUCCUUUUUAUCUGCAUGAUUUCAUCUAGUUAAGAUUAGAG